AUGGAGCCAACAGAGAAACCAUCCACCAAACCAUCUUCUCGGACUCUCCCAAGAGACACUCGUGGCUCUCUCGAAGUAUUCAACCCAUCAACUUUCCCGACCCGACCCGAUAACCCUGUUUUCCGCCCUGAACCACCAACGUGGCAAAACUUGAGCGAACCACGUGGCAGUCCACAACUCCAAUCCCAACCCCAACCCGAACCAGCUCCCUCCAUCCCGGUUCGGUCUGAAGAGAUCUCCGUUGCAACCUCAUGGAUGGCUUUGAAGGAUCCAGCACCGGUGAAAAUCUCCAAGAAGACUAUCACCGCCGAGAAACCACAGGUUGCGUCGGUGGCGGCGGAGCAGAGGGCGGCGGAGUGGGGACUGGUUUUGAAGACCGAUACGAAGACGGGAAAGCCACAGGGAGUGAGCGGAUCGGGGACAGAUGCGAAUGAGUUAUCGAAGAUAAGAGAGUCAUUAGCAGCUGGGAAUAAUUAUUGUGGCCGUUUAUUGAAUUACAAAAAAGAUGGGACCUCAUUUUGGAAUCUCCUCACGAUUGCGCCCAUUAAAGACGAGAGUGGCAAAGUCCUCAAAUUUAUUGGAAUGCAAGUGGAAGUGAGCAAGCACACUGAAGGGGCCAAAGAAAAGGCUGUGAGGCCCAACGGGCUUCCUGAAUCUCUGAUUCGAUACGAUGCCCGCCAAAAAGAUAUGGCGACGAACUCAGUGACGGAGCUGGUGGAGGCGGUGAAGAGACCACGAGCCUUAAGCGAAUCAACCAAUCACCAUCCCUUCAAGAGAAAAUCAGAGAGCGAUGAACUUCCGGCUAAACCUGCUCGGAGAAUGUCUGAGAACGUCGUUCCGUCAGGCCGGAGAAAUUCUGGCGGCGGAAGAAGAAACUCUAUGCAGCGAAUCAACGAAAUUCCUGAGAAGAAACAAACAAAAUCUUCUCGUCUUUCUUUCAUGGGGAUUAAGAAGAAGAACCAAUCUCUGGAUGAAUCUAUUGACGAUGGAUUUGUAGAGUAUGGAGAAGAAGAUGAUGACUUUAGUGACAGAGACGAGAGACCAGAGAGUGUUGAUGAUAAAGUGAGACAAAAAGAGAUGAGAAAGGGUAUGGAUCUCGCAACCACACUCGAACGUAUCGAGAAGAAUUUCGUCAUCACUGAUCCUCGGCUCCCCGACAAUCCCAUUAUUUUUGCGUCUGAUAGUUUCUUGGAGCUCACGGAAUAUAGCCGUGAAGAAAUUCUUGGCAGAAAUUGCAGGUUUCUUCAAGGUCCAGAGACUGAUCCAACAACGGUAAAGAAGAUUCGAGCGGCUAUUGAUAACCAAACCGAAGUAACGGUUCAGCUCAUCAACUAUACCAAGAGUGGGAAGAAGUUCUGGAACAUUUUCCACUUGCAACCUAUGCGUGAUCAGAAGGGAGAAGUACAAUACUUUAUCGGAGUCCAACUAGACGGGAGCAAGCACGUGGAGCCAGUUCGAAAUGUCAUUGAAGAAGUUGCAGUGAAAGAAGGCGAAGAGCUGGUGAAGAAAACAGCUGUAAAUAUCGAUGAGGCUGUACGAGAACUUCCUGAUGCCAACAUGACGCCAGAAGAUUUAUGGGCAAAUCACUCAAAGAUUGUUCAUUCGAAGCCUCACAGAAAAGAUUCACCAUCAUGGAAAGCUAUCCAAAAGGUAUUAGAGAGUGGUGAACAAAUCAGUUUGAAGCAUUUCCGACCGGUGAAACCUUUGGGUUCCGGUGACACAGGAAGUGUUCAUCUAGUGGAACUCAAUGGAACAGAUCAGUUGUUUGCGAUGAAAGCAAUGGACAAGACCGUCAUGCUUAACCGUAACAAAGUGCAUAGAGCAAGAGCUGAGAGAGAGAUCCUCGAUUUGCUUGACCAUCCUUUUCUUCCUGCACUAUAUGCUUCAUUUCAGACAAAAACACAUAUAUGUCUUAUAACGGAUUACUAUCCAGGAGGAGAACUAUUCAUGCUCCUAGAUCGACAACCUAGGAAGGUUCUCAAGGAAGAUGCCGUAAGACCUCAGCUGUUGAUUCCGAGUAUAGAUGUAAAGAAGAAGAAAAAGCAGCAAAAGAGCCAACAAACUCCAAUCUUCAUGGCUGAACCAAUGCGUGCUUCAAACUCAUUUGUUGGCACUGAAGAGUAUAUUGCUCCGGAAAUUAUAACCGGAGCAGGCCAUACGAGUGCAGUGGACUGGUGGGCUCUUGGUAUCCUUAUAUACGAAAUGUUGUACGGGUACACUCCUUUUAGAGGCAAAACCAGACAGAAGACUUUCGCCAAUGUUCUUCAGAAAGAUCUGAAGUUCCCAGCUAGCAUUCCUGCAAGUCUUCAGGUGAAACAGCUGAUUUUUAGGCUGUUACAACGAGACCCGAAGAAGAGAUUAGGAUGUCUUGAAGGAGCAAACGAAGUCAAGAACCAUUCUUUCUUUAAAGGCAUAAACUGGGCUUUAAUUCGAUGCACGACUCCUCCGGAGCUGGAAACUCCGACAUUUCCUGGCGAAGCUGAAAACGGAGAGAAAGUCGAAGUCGUGGAUCCUGCACUUGAAGAUCUGCAAACAAAUGUUUUCUGAAAUUUGAAUCAUAACGUUUUCUUGUUAUCAUUAAAACGCUCUGAAAAACCUUUUGAAAACGCGACGCAGUUUUUCCUUUUUUUUUGCUUCUUUUAUCACUAUCCAUUUGAUUUGUUUUCUGAAAUGUCGCUUGUAAUAUGUGCCCAUUUGUGUGAUUUUUGAAGAAUAUAUUUUUUUCUGCAUGGUCAAAAUUUUUUUGUCUUUGUUCUUUCUUUUAUAUAAUACAAUAAUGCAAUGAAUUUGCUUUCCAUAGUUUGGACAUUUGCUAAUUAAAAAGAUAUGUUGGAAAGCCAUGAAGAAAGCGCAUAUCAAAC